UAUUUCGGCGAAUCUGUUGGAAGGAGUAAAACGUUAGCUCGCUGUAUUAUUUGGGGGAAAGGUCGCAGUAGUCGUAGUUUUAUACGGUGCCACUGCAACAUAUCGGUCGAAAGUUGGAUUCUGACAGAGGCUGACUGUUUAUCCUGCAUCAUGGCACUUCUCCGAGGCGUAUUUAUUGUAGGUGCCAAGCGCACUCCAUUCGGUACCUAUGGUGGUGUGCUAAAGGAUCACAGUGCUACAGACUUGGCUGAGCAUGCAGCCAAGGCUGCCCUCGCUGCAGGGGGUGUGGCCCCAGAGCUUGUGAACAGUGUCAUCAUGGGUAAUGUCAUGCAGAGUUCAGCCGAUGCACCCUAUAUCGCUCGCCAUGUGGGUCUCAGGUGUGGCGUUCCCAUCCCAGUACCUGCUCUCACUGUGAACCGACUCUGUGGGUCUGGCUUCCAGUCCAUCAUCAAUGGUGCUCAAGAGAUUUGUCUCAAGGAGUCAGAGAUUGUCCUGUGUGGAGGUUCUGAGAGUAUGAGCCAGGCCCCGUACGCCGUUCGUAACAUACGUUUUGGAACAAAGUUUGGAUUCGAUCUAAAGCUAGAGGACACUUUGUGGGCUGGUCUGACUGAUCUGCACAUCAAAAUCCCAAUGGGCAUCACAGCAGAAAACCUGGCUGAGAAAUUCCAGAUCACACGAGAAGACUGCGACAACUAUGCUUACCAGACGCAACAAAAGUGGAAAGCAGCUCAUGAGGCUGGUCACUACACAGCAGAGAUCGCUCCCGUUGAAGUGAAAGCUAAGAAAGGCAAGGUGCCCAUGGCUCAGGAUGAACACCCUCGGCCCCAGACCACGCUGGAACAGAUGGCCAAACUGGCCCCCGUCUUCAAGAAGGGAGGGACCGUAACUGCUGCUAAUGCUUCGGGUGUGUCCGAUGGUGCUGCUGCCGUGGUGAUCGCAAGUGAGGAAGCUGUUAACGAGCACAAGCUCACUCCUCUGGCCAGAAUCGUGGCCUACCACGUGUCAGGCUGUGACCCGAGCAUCAUGGGAAUUGGCCCUGUUCCAGCCAUCACAGAAGCUCUGAAGAAAGCAGGUUUGACUCUCAACGACAUGGAUCUCGUGGAGGUGAAUGAGGCCUUUGCCCCUCAGUAUCUGGCCGUUGCAAAGUCUCUUGGACUGAACCCAGAAAAAAGCAAUGUUAAUGGCGGCGCUAUUGCGAUUGGACAUCCUCUCGGAGCUUCUGGGGCACGCAUCACUGCUCACCUGGUGCAUGAGCUCAGGCGACGAGGAGGAAAGUACGCUGUUGGGUCUGCCUGUAUCGGCGGUGGUCAGGGUAUCGCCAUCAUCCUCCAAAAGUGCUGAAUGAACAACCUGUUGCUAUCAGAAGACUUGCUACAGAAGAACACCCUGCUCACACAAAGGAAAAUAUAAAUCUCUGCUAAAAAAAAAAUUACAUUUUUUUAGGUUCACAUAGUAAUGUUCUGUUAACAUGAGACACAGAUGCUAUUUUUCCCUGCUAAACUCAGUGAUUUCAUACAAUAAUGUACAGUAAAGGUUUCAUUUCAGGAAGGUAACACUGACCUACACUUCUAUGAUCGCUGGAUCAAGGUGCAACCGUCUGUUUAUGUAUGUGCCUAAUACAGUGCUAGGUCGUGUUAACCUGUGUUGCUUGUUUGCCUUAAAAUGCUCUUUAUCACUCCAUUAUCUCAGUUUAGGGUUUAUUGAAAAUGUGACUGACUUGGGGUGACUCAACGAGUGAUUUUGUACUUCUAUCUAAAAAAAAAUCACAAAUAAAAUUUUCCAAAAGAAAAAAUAAA